AUGCCUUCGCCGCCGCCGCCGCCGCCCGCCAGCGCGCCCGCGCACAGCAGCGCCGACGCCGGCUCGGGCGCCGACAGCGCCGCGUACGUCGUGCCGCUGCCGCUGCCGCCGCUCGCCGAGCCCGACGAGCCGGCGCUGGCCACUGCGCCGCUCGACGACCCCGCAGCCGCGGCGCAGACGGCCGACCGCCUGCCGCUGGCGCAGCAUGUGCCGUCUACGCAGCUGUCUGCGCAGCCGUCGGCCGCCGCCGCUGCGCCCGAGGAGACAGCCGCGUCGGUUAGCGCCGCCGCCGUGCCGCCGCCGCCGCCGUCGAGCGAGCCCGGUACUGCUGCUGCCGAAGGCACCCUCGCUGCGCCGGCCGCCAGUGUGGCGCGCGACGCCGGCUCGCCUGCGCAGCCUCGCGCCGCUCCGCAGGCCAACCCGCAGGCGCCGCCGCUGCCGGGCGUGCCGCAGGAUGCACCGCCGGCUGCCGAGGCGAUGGACGUCGAUGCUCAGACCACGGGUGCUGAUACCGGCGCCCGUGAUAGUGCGCAGCGGCAGGCCGACACAGAGGCGAAUGUGCCCGCCGCAAGCGCCUCUGGACCCGGCAAAGCCGAGUCUUCGACGGCACCGACAGCCGAAGCAAGCACUCAGCCGCAAGAUGCUGCGAUGGCCGAUGCCUCUGCUGCGACCUCGAUCACGCCAGGCGCUCAGGGCUCAGCAGAGACGGAUAGGGGCAACGGUCCGGUGCUCGAUGCUCGUCCGGUCUCCGAAGGCUCUUCAGCGACGGAAGCAAAGGUGCGCGAGCUUGCAUCGGGUGCUGGGCCAGCCCAAGCGCAGGGCAGCGAGCAGAGCGCAGCAGAGGUCAAGCCUGCACCGCUCGCUGCCACCGAGAACGCAUCGCAGGCCGCGACUCGGCCUGUCAAGCCCGAGGCCGCAGAGUCGGCAUCGAGCGCUGCGCCGGCCGCCACGCCUGCUCCGCAGCAGCCUCUCGAGGCGCCGCCUCUUGGCGCACGCACCUCUAGCGCAGCUGCCAGCGGCACAGCGCCCGCUCGCAGCGUUCUCUCGCCUCCUGUGGCGCGGCCGUCGCGCUCCUCUGCGGCGCCCUCGACGCCUGCCGCGGCUCCAGCUGUCGCUCGACCCCUUCCGCCAAGCCAGGCGAGUCGGACUCCUCAGCCUGCUGCGCCAGCGCGGCCGUCGGCAGAGCAGCAGCUGCAGUCGCCAGCAGCGCUGUCGUCGCACGCGUCGGCUCAGCAGCAGCAGGCGCGACGUGCCGCAGAGCAGCGAGAGCGUGAGCGGCAGCAGCGCGAGCGGGAAGAAGCGCCGCUGCGCCGCCAGCAGGAGCUUGAGCGUGAACACGCGCGCGAGCUGCAGGCAGCGCAGGCGCGAGAGAGCGAAGAGGCGAGGCUGCUCUGGCUCUCGCUGCCAUCGAACGAUCACCACACGUACUACUCCGACACGUCGGCCUCCUCAUCGCCGAGGUCCUCUCCACAGCCGACUGGCAGCCGCAGCCAGGUGAUGCAGGUCGGCUUCCUGACGCAGCCCUCGCGCGAGGCUGGCAGCGAGGACGAGGACGAGGAGCGGCAGCGCCACGACCACUCGAACCGCACGGGCAACCGCGGCAACAAGCUGAAGCGAAAAGAGGGCGCGCGCUGGGUGCGGCGAGGCAAGCUGGGCUCGUGGACCGAGGCGCGGGGCGAGAAAGAGAUCGACGACCGCGUGCGGUUGCGCAUCGCCUCUCUCCAGCGCGCUGGUGUCCGCUCGCUGCUGGCAUCUGCGCCUUCGCCGCACCUCUCACUGCCGGCGCCGCCGCCACCAGCGCCACGAGACGAGCCGCUGCUCACUUCGGUCGCGCUGGCGCCGGCGCUGCUGCGGCCUGUGCUCUCUGCGCGCGCGCUGCUCGAGUCACAUACGCUGCGGCACACCUUCCGCAACCCGCACAUCGGAGCGCUGAGCAAGACGGCGCUCGAUCUGCGCGAGAGCGAGGGUGUGCUCGGACGCGCGCUGGGCCGAUCCUUCGCCGAGCUCGAGCGCUACGACGUCGGCUUCGGCUCGGCUGAGGUCGGCGAGGGCAAGAUGACGCUGGGCGCCAGCGAGACGAAGCCAGCCGAGACGAACGGCGACGAGAGCAAGCACAGCAACCCGGGCGCAGGGCCGAGCCGGCACGUCAUCGACGCCGACGCCAUCGGCGCCGAAGGCACGGGCCUCACGUCAGACGAGCUCAAUCCGAGUUUUGCGCGCCUCGACGAGCUCUUCGUCACGCCCGCCGGUCUGCCGAUUCCGCUCGGCUCCGACCCGGCGACGAUCGGCGAGAUGCACGUCGAGGGCCAGCCGGCGCCGGCGCAGGCUGUCCUCACCGUCGGCCAGCAGCGCGACGUCGUGCGCGCUGCGCUCGACUGCCUGCACGAGCUGGGCGCCGACUCGCGCGAGUACGUCGAGCGCCUCGACGAGGUGCGCGGCCGGCUGGCGGCCAUCAAGCGCGAGCGCGCAAAGGUGUGGGAGGCGCUGCGGCUCUGGGCACUCAAGCGCGAGCGGGAAGACGAGGAGGAGCGCAACGGCGUCGAUGCGACAGUCCCCACGUCGUCGGUCCGCGACGAGCCGGCCGCCUCGUCGCUUUCCAACGGCGCCGACGACAGGCCAAACGGCAAGCCGGCGAAGAAGAAGGCGCGCGCCGCCGCCGCGUAA